AUUCAUUGCACAAUAAUAUCGACUUGGGAAGGCGUCGCUUUGAAUUAAUUAGUAUAAGUAAUGCUCGGAUCAGCUGACCAUUCAUUCAUAAUUUGACCUUAUUAGAAGAAGAGAGAGAGCCAAGCUAGUACAAUGUCGGAUACAUCAUUUAGUGUGACAAAAUUUCUGUCUAAUAAGAAGUCUAUGCUGCAAAGUUUGAUUGAUAAAUUUAUGUCCAAAGGACAGGAAAAUUCUGUUGGUCCAAGCUUUGAGGAGGUUACAUCUAUAGCUCAGUCUAUACAAAACAGGACCAAACAUCAACCAAAGAUAGGCAUUGUGUGUGGGUCAGGUCUGGGGGACCUGGCAGAUAAAGUCCAAGAUGCUGACAUCAUCCCGUACAGUGAAAUACCUACCUUCCCGGUCAGUACAGUACCUGGUCACAUGGGAAAGUUGGUGUUUGGUAACUUAGAGGGAAAACCAGUGGUCUUAAUGAGAGGCCGUCUCCACUGCUAUGAAGGCUAUCCAAUGUGGAAGACUACAAUUCCAAUUCGAGUUAUGAAGGCUCUUGGAGUAACUACUGUGUUUCUUACCAAUGCUGCAGGGGGCAUCAAUCCUGACUACAGUGUAGGCGACAUGAUGAUUAUCCGGGAUCACAUAGAUAUGCCUGGCCUAACUGGGGAGUGUGUGCUACGGGGAUAUAAUGAUGAAAGAUUUGGGCCACGUUUCUUAGCAACAGUGAAUACUUAUGAUGCAGGCCUUCGCUCUACCUGUAAACAAGUUUUUGAGGACCUUGGCCUCAGUAAAUACAUGAGGGAAGGAACCUACGUAAUGAUCGGGGGACCAACCUUUGAAACAGUGGCUGAGUCAAGGUUACUAAAAGGCUUUGGUGGGGAUGCAGUAGGUAUGAGUACUGUUGCUGAGGCCAUUGUAGCCAGACACAUGGGCCUGAAGGUGUUCGGUCUCUCCCUAAUUACAGAUAAAUGCUGCUUAAGUUACGAUUCUAUAGAGAACACCACUCACGAAGAAGUUCUUGCCAUUGGUCAAAAAAGAGCUGGAGAUCUUAUAGCCAUAGUAAUGCGACUUGUAAAGCUAACUACCAUAGAAUGAUCUGAACAAUGAUUUAUUUGGGUUUUAUUUUAGUCAUCAGAGAAGAUUAUUCAAGUACUGCCCAUCAAGUCGAGUUAUUUCCCCUGUCCUACAUGAGAAUGUGGUGACCAAGUUUAUAUUACUUAGAAUUUUAUCCCAAUUUUUAUUGUUGUUUUAAUUUAUUAUUGUGGUUUUGCUUUACAUUUAGAGUAGGAGCUUGCAUUUUAACCCUGUUAUUGUUUAUCUUCAUAUUUUAUUAUUUGCAUUUCAACUUUAAGGUUGCCAUAUAUAUUCUUUGAACAAGAUAACUUAAAACAUGGAGAAGCUUAUCAAAAAUUAGAAUG